AUGUCGGUAUUUUCCAAAAUCAAGCAGGGCAGAAAGGCCGCCAAAGAUCACAAGGCGAAGAAGGAGGAGGAGAAAAAGGAGAAUGAACAGCCAGUGGCCAAGCAACCAUACAAACACGUCCCGACACACGCCGCCGUCGAUGCUCUCAGUGGUGCACCCUCUAGCUGGAAGGCCGAGGAUCGAUCCAAGAUCAAGCAACAUCACCAACGCCGAAGCCAGAUGACCAUCAGUCGCACCCAGAGUACCCUGUCGACAACCUCAUACAUCAAUGCAGCGGCUGGCCCGAGCACGGUACCAGAGCUGCCACGCAACACCAGCUACGAUAGUUACAAUCCAACGUGGUUUGACCGAGGAGGAGAUGUCUACCAUGAGCCUGCGAGACGGCAUCCACAGAAACGAGGUCACUCAUACCACGAUUCGGGAAUGGGUGCCAGCAUUCGCCCUUCCCCUCUCGCUUCCAAUAUUCACAGUGAAGAUGUCUCGCCGGUAGAAAGUUCUGGCAACAGCACCUCGUCUGAAUCGGAUCAUUUGGAAAUUUCUCACGGCAAGAUUCCACAACGACCUGCACUCGCCAUUCCGGUGUCUAGUCACGUGUCAUCGAGGGCCAAUUCUUACCGACCACAGCCCAUCAAUUUUGGCGAGAAAGACAUCUUCGACAGGUUGCACACCAGUACCACCCGGAAACUCGGCGAGGCACCACUCUACGACACUCCUCCAGCUCCAAUCAAGAGACCCAUCGUAGCCACCAGUCCAGUCACGGAGCAAAAACAGAAGAAGUCCCGGUGGAGCUUGAUGGGAAAGAAAAACAGCGUUCCAAUUGCAGCUUAA